GAACGAAAGAGCAUCGCACAAACUUCGACUCGAUCUCAGUAUCGCGCAUAUCGUCGUCUGUCUUUGGUCCCAGACCUCGCUCUUUUUUGCUUCAUCACAUGAUCCCACAGGAGACUUGGACGUUGUAAAGGAACAUCAUGGCGUCAAUAAAGCUCUUCCAGCCGGACUCGACCCUGUCGUACCCACAGUUCAACACCUAUCGCCUAUCGGACCUGCCUCCAACCGCUUCCUUGUGUACACAUGAACUUCCCUCUCGAAAUGUAGCGACAGCGUCUCGGAUCCCUGCAAGUCGCCAGCUAGCGUUCAAGGAGAUUCAAUCGAGGGUCGGGUGGGACCAUGCGGCGGGAGGAUUUUCGCCGAACGAGAUAUGCUAUAUUGACGAGGCCUAUAAUAUCGUCACGGUGUCAAUCGGAUCCGAUCUCUCUCCGUCUUACCGUACUGUGGUUUCUUUGCCGAUACCACUUCAAACGGCCUCGAGCUCUGCCCAGGAUGCCACACCAGAGUAUCCCUCGGUGAUCGCCGUUCCCUACACUACCCAGACGCACACGUCAUACUACAUCGCUUCAGCGGGAACGGGAUCGCUAUCAGUAAUCAAGGAAACCGAGUCCAAGACGGUCUCCGUCGCAGAGUAUGAUCUGUCAGCAGAUGAAGCCCAACCGUUCUUAAUCAGGGCUGUGGGUGCGGUUCAGGACGAUCGAGCAGAGGUGGUCCUCUCCCGGGCUAUCAGAAUACCGCAGGACGAGCCAUCCGGGAGCAAGAGAGCUGCUCUCAAGCACAACAUUUCCUAUGAGCUCGUCUGCGUAGUCAUUCCACUUUCAGAAGGUUCGGCUACGACGGCAAGCCGAGAAUUGUCGGUCCUCUGGAGGCUAUCGGGAGAGGAAUUCCCGACCUAUGUCGAGCGGGUCGGGGGCCGUUGGAUCUUCGGAGCUAGCAAGACCUUUGUGAUGCAUGGAUCCACGAAAGACGACUCUACCGGAGGUGACGUUGGGCGGGAUAAUUUGACCUCAGACCAGUCUGGAGCAGCGAUGCCAAUGGACGAAACCGAUUACCCUUACUCUUGGUCGCAAACCAAGACCUCGAUCAACCUAACGAUCGAGAAGCUACCCACGGAUAUCCUUCCAUCGCGAGACAUCGUCUGCCUUCUCCGUCCAAAUACCCUCACCCUCCAGAUUCAUGCCCGUGAGAACGCUUCCCUGAAACCCUCGCUUCGGCAGCUCUUGCGGAACGGGGGAAAAGAUGGUGUUCACGAUUGGUGGGAUACGAUUCAGGGCCAGGAAUCUACCUGGACGUGGGAAAAGGAAGUCGACCCUGCUACAGGCAUGACUCUCGGCAAGCUCGAGCUUAGCUUGGAAAAGGCCAACGAGGGAGUCAAGUGGCCCCAGCUAUUCGCCCCCCGUCAGGAAAAUGACGAGGACGACCAAGGCUUAUUACCGGUCCGAAAAGCACGUCCGGCGGGAGGUGACGAGGACCAAUGGACGUAUCAGGAGAUCGAGGUGCCGGAAACGAUGAGCGAGGAAGACCGAGCCUAUGUCAAGGCGAGUCUCGAAGGGUUCCACCAGACACCCACCGCGCCGCCAAAGAACAAGUACGCCGGUUUGGGCCACCAAGAUCUGGCGAGCUUCGCUCAGUCCAAGCCUGUGGCAGCGGGUCAUGGCGAAGCAGCGGAUCGUGCCAGUGCCAUCCUUCCCGGUCUGCUUCGCGAAGAGAUCGAGGAAGAAGACGACGAUGGGUUCGACGACGACGAUCAUAUGGACGGCGGCGAGUUCGCAAGCCUGGGUGGCGCAGGUAGCAGCAAGGCUGGCAAGGAAUCGGUCUUUACGUACCUCGAGGACGAUGCCGAUCGAACCGGCUAUACGGUCAAGACGUUCAGCAAGACCGCUUCGGUAUCCGUCCUGUCAAGGCCUAUGAAAGGGCGACUUGACCAACCCGAUCAGAGUCUGUUAAUCAAGGCCCAUGUGGACGGGAACCUAUAUGUCCCGCCGCAAGAUCUGUCAGAAGCGUCAUGGAAACAUAUCGCCACAAACCCCGCCAUAUCGUUCGUCCUGGCUUCGAAGCGGGACGCACAAUUCGUUUACCAUCAGACCGAAGCCGAUGGCGCGGUCGUCUUCAUCUUUGAAUCGAGACAAGCCCACGGCCUGGGAGGGAACAUGUACGUCUACUGGCCGCCUGUCAAGGACACUUCGUUGGCCCCGGGGGGCAAAAGUCGGGCUACCGAGGCUAAACAGACGGUCAUCAAGUUUGGCGAGGGUUUUGAGACGGGUCAAUUGUUGGGCGUCAAGACUGUAUCCUUGGAUAACGGUACUCGGGCGGUCGUAGGACUUGCUGAGAAGGCGAUUAUCGUGUUCUCUUUGCAACUGCUCACGCCAUGAUUUUCCGACAUCUAUGGAGCCAUAUUAUGAACGUGAAGCUUGCGAUUCGUGGUGUGACUCUGUGGACCUGCCGUACAUGAUGCUUGAUGGGACUGUGGCCGCUUGAUUGUCAUGCGUAUAUGGAGAAUCGCGACGGUCGUUCAGAACGUGUUCACUGUCGCUUUGGCACGAGUCGAGAACAUCACGUUUUAACAAGGAUGAUCUCACCCAGCCGUGAUGGAUUUCAAGACAAAUGUAAGACAGAGCGAGUAGAUUAUUGAAUUCAAUGACGUGAUAUCCCGUAUCGCACGCGUCGCUCAAACAACUAUGUCAUUGAUCCG